AUGGCGUCGGUUCUGGAGCUGCUGAUGGAAACGCUGUCGGCUCUGAGCGACGGCGGCCUGAGGGAGUUCUGGGAGCGGUACCUGCUGCUAGAACCUUCAGCAGCAGGUACCGCUCCCGGGUCAGCGCCGCUGGGGACCGACCCGGAGAUCUACCUGGAGAUCGACCCGGAGAUCGCAGCGAUCUCAUUGGUCCAGAGUCACGGCAGGCAGUCUGUGGACGUCACCAGGACGAUUUUGGUGGACAUCAACCAGAACCAUCUGGUCCAAAGUCUGCUGGACUGCAGGCCGAGACGCAAGUCAAACUGUAGAGAUGUGGUGGGCCUGCUGAUGAGCACAUACGGCCAGCGGUGUUUGGAGGCGACCCGGCAGGUUCUGACGGACAUGAACAGAACCGACCUGCUGGAGAAGCUGCCGGAGAAAAGCUGGGAAGAGAAAGUUUCUGUGGAGGAGCUUUGGCCCGGACUGAUCCACAGAGUUGAAGCCAUGGAGUCGCUCAUCGCGCUGCUGCUGGAGACUCUGGGUGAUCUGAGCGAAGAGGAGCAGCUGUUCUUCAUCGCGGUGUUUGGUCAGAGUCGGCGCGACGUGGCAGACAGACUGCUGGCCGUCAGAGAGCUGCGGCCCGCUGUGCUUGUGAUGGUGCAGAUGUUCGGCCUGCGGUCUGUGGAGACGACCAGGGAGGUUUUGAAACGGAUGAGGAGAACAGAUCUGCUUCAGGACGUCUCAGCUUCCACAAGACGGCAAGCAAAGAAACUCUCAGCGGACCAGAGAGGCUCUGCUGCUCUGCAGAAAGUGGCUCUGAUUGCAGCUUUCAAACAGCUGCUCACAGAAAUCCUGAGUGACUUGAAGAAAAAGGAGCUGGAGAACUUCAAGAAGUCGCUGCGCUCAGCCCUCAGCCUCUCUGGGAAAAACCUCUUGAAUCCUUCCAUGAGGCUGAGAUUUGGACCUUCGGUCCCAAACGUGGUGAAUGAGAUGGUGGAGGAGUUGGGCCUGCAGUCUGUGGAGGUUUCCAUGCAGGUUUUACUGGACGUAAACAGGAGCGAUCUGGCAGAGAGGCUCCUGGAGACCAGCUCAGGUCUGAAAGGAAAGGUGUCCAUUGCUGAAUAUGAGAGAGUGGUCAUGCUGAACACGGUUCCAGCAAAGAUGGCUGUGAAAAGCGUUCUACUGAAGGUGAUGAAGGAGUUGGGCCACAGCGACAUCUGGAGGUUCAAACGGUUACUGCAGUUCACAUGUUUCCAGAAAAGCCUCCCAGAACUCCCAGUCAGCGUGCCGUGGCCCAUGGACCGGCCCGGCAGCGCGGAUCCGGGACGGGAGGGACCGGCAGACCUGGUGGAUCAGAUGGUUCGGAGGCUGGGAGGGGAGUCUGUGGCUGUGGCCCAGCAGGUUCUGAUGGACAUGAACAGAACUGAUGUGCUUCAGAAUCUGGCCGGGAUCAGAUCCGGAUCAACAGAGGAGUUUCAGUCUGUGUUGUUCCAGAAAGAAGCGAGUCUAACAGCAAUGAUGGAGAAACUUCUGGAAACGUUUGAAGAUUUAGGUGAAGCAAAGUUUGAACAUUUUCAGAGAGUCGUCCAGAAGAGCCUGUCCAGGAAAGCCGGGAGAAGAACGCCAGCCGUGGCUGUGGAGAUGGGGAGGAAGCUGAAGGUGGCGAAGCUGAUGUUGGAGCAGCUGGACGAGCAGACGCUGGACAUGGCGGCGCUGGUUCUAAAGAAGAUUCAUCGCUCUGACUUGGUGCAGAAGAUCUCAGGAGGAAACCCAGCAGAACGGGUCGUCUUUAGGUUCCGGUUCUGCUCCUGGGACGACGGACACAUGGACAGGAUGGAGAGCAGAGGAUACCGGCCUGCUGGUCCUUUACUGGACAUCAGUGUGAUUACUGGGAGGAUGGCGGCGGUGUUCCUGCCCCACUGGAUCUGUGUCGUAGGAGAACAUGAUGACGACGUCCCUGAACCUUUGGAGCACUUUGCUGUCCUCCACAUGGACGACUGUGGAGACGCUGUGGAGAAAGUCUCUGAGGUCUCACCGUCACACGUCAGACUGACUGAACCCGUUUUCUCUCCGAGGGCGGUUCUGAUGAGAGCCGGCUUUCCUGUGAAAGUUUACUGCAACGUGCUGCUCUAUCGGACCAACACGGCUUUCCUCACGCUGCAUGUUUACCUCGUCCCACGCGACCCGGCUUUACAGCAGGUGAUCAUGGGCAAUGGACCAAAGGAAACGUCUUCUGGAUACAGAGUGAUCCAAAAGCCCGACCCGGAGAAGUCCCUGAAAAUGAACGAAUUCUUCUUUCUCACAUCGGAUCUGGAGGCUGCAGAAGUUUCUCCUAAAACGGGAAUUAAACUCCGAUAUCCCAGAGGAAAGCCAAACUUCUUUGAGGUUUAUGUUGAAAAUGCAGACAGAACCUUCAGUCUGACACUCAGAGCCGACGGACAGGACCAGCCGGUUUGGGAAUGUUCUGUUCGGAAAGAUGAGUAUCAGAGCAGCAGCCAAGCACAAGAGAUACAGAGUGUGGAUGAACAUCUGGCUGAAAUGAUGCAAAGAGCAGCGAUCAUCACAUCAGACAAGGAGAUGCUUUUAAACCUGAUGAAAGACCUGAAGCAAGAGGAGCUGAAAGGCUUCAAAUGGUUCCUGAAGAACAGGGACGUGAGCUCAGGCUGCCCACAGAUCCCAGUGAGCCUCCUGGAAGAGGCGGACGCCUCCGACCUGGUGGACCUGAUGAUGAACACCUACAGCCGCGGGGCUGUGCUCCUCACCCAGGACAUCUUUAAGAAGAUCAGCAGGAAUGAUCUGGUGGAGAUGUUUCCAGGCACCAGCUGUAAAAGGAAAUGUAAGAACUUCUGAAUUUAAUGGAAGUCACUGAUUUCCACAUGCUGCUGCAUGGAUGAAGUUUGUUUGGGUCGGCUGCUCUGACCUUUGGAUCA